AUGCGUCAACUGCUUCUUCUGGUGACUGGAACCUUUGACCCCGCAGUCUGUUUUCAAUUUUCGGGAAAGUAAAGAAAUCGUUAGGACUUAGAUCGGGACUAUAUGGAGGAUGGCCCAAUAAUUCCACGUUUUCUUCCGUUAAAUACUGCUUUAUUUUUUGGGCUGUAUGCGAGCUUGCAUUGUCUUGGUGGAGGAUGAUUCUUCUUUCGGGGUUGAUUUUUCGAAGCUCGGUGAUGACUUUUGGCAAACAAAUGGUGGUAUACCAAUCCGCAGUAACAGUUCUUUGCUCGUUAAGAGGAAUUGUUGCAAUAUGACCCGCUUUUGACACAAAUCUGCUUUCUGCUCUUCAGUCAACAGGUGGGGUAUCCAACGAGCAACUAAUUUUCUUACUACU